AAAACAGGAAACUGAGUUAGUGUAUUAGCCGGGCCGGUCCGGUGCAGACGUAGGAUUCUGCCUCCCGUGGAUUUGUGUGGUGUUUACCUUCCUCUGCUGAAUGUUAUCAUCAUUACUUCAACCCUGAAAAUUCAUGAUUGGAUUAGAACAGUUUAAAGUGUUUAAGAUUCUAGAGGAAUGUGUUAUUAGCCAAUGUAGAUUUGUGUUAAUUAUUAGUUUUACCAACGGAACGACAUCAAUAACAAAGGAUAUGUAGUACUAUGUGUGUUACGUAAACGGAAUACUUAUCACUUUUCAACACUUCAUGUCUAAGCUGGCUUGUAAUUUAAAUUUCAAAACUUUUAAUCAAGUUGUACAGACAUAAAUAGCGAGCCAGGAGGUUUUAACGGCACUAACAAACAACAUGGACGUUCUAGCAAUUUUCCGGAGUGAUUGGGAACGUGCUCGUGAAAUUCACGGAGAAAAUUAUACUGGAGAGGAUAUUUUCUACUGGAAACCCUUAGAAGAGAAACCCAUUAUUACUAUUGCAUUCUUAAUAUGCAUUGUUCUUUCCAUGCUUGUGGGUUUCGUCGGUAACAUACUGGUCAUAGGAGCGGUGUGUGUCCACCGUAGACUACGAACUACUGGUAAUGUCUUCAUCGUCAACCUAGCCAUAGCAGACCUCGUGGUUGUCUCCAUCGUGCUGCCUUAUAAUAUAGUAGGGAUUGUGAUUGGUCCAGAACAUUUCCUUAACUUUGAGGCCAUAUGUCACGCGGUCGCAACAAUCUGUGUCUCCAGUUGCGCGUGCUCCAUGAUGACUCUAGCGGCCAUUGCCCUUAAUAGGUACAUCUUCGUGUGUCGGAACAAGUACUAUCACCGGAUGUACAAUAAGUGUACCACGCCCAUUAUGUGUGUGUUUCUAUGGUUACUUGUCCUCUGCAUUGAUAUGCCUAGUUACCUUGGGUGGGGCGGACACGCCUACGACUUCCAGACCAUGGGAUGUUCAUUCGACCGUAAAGGUCACCUUUCGUACGUUCUGUUUCUCAGUGUCGCCAUCUACUGGGUACCUUUUAUUCUAGUCUUCAUCUGCUACAUUCUCAUCUACAAAUACGUUCAGAAAAACCGGAAGCAACUCCGAAAAGCAUUUUCAAGGAUAUCAUGUAACAAUGCUGCAGUGCUGAAUACUAGACGUGAAGAGGAGAUCCGAAUGGUUAGGACAUUUUUUAUUGUUGUUGUUGUGUUUUUGAUUUGCUGGACGCCGUAUGACCUUUUAGUGCUAUUUGACAGAAAGGAUGACGCGCCCCGAAUCCUCUACGUCAUUCUGUUGACCAUUGGUCAUUCUAACAGCGCUCUUAAUAGUAUUUUAUACGCCAGUACAAACCGUCGAUUCAGACGAGGCUACUUGCAAUUCAUCUCAUUGAUAACUAAUUCACAGUGUUUCAGAAAAGGUGGACUUGAUUCACAUGCUUUCAAUUCUACAAAGAAUGGAUUGCCAGCGUAUCUUAAAAAUAGUUCGGAUGACAAUAGCGGCACAUCGUUAGGGACACAACAGACGGGCAAGUCUCAACCAUCUCCGAGACCCUUCAAGCGCUGAAGUUGUCAUCAUUGUAAUGACAAUGGGAAAAUAAAAUGUUACCAAAUAUAGCAACACAUGACGUCAUUAGGCGAAACCGAGUGCUAUAUUAUAAGGUUGAAAACGAUAUAAAAACUACUUGAAUUGAUACUUAUUCCAAAUGUUGUCUAAUUAAUGAAUAAUAGUUCAUUAUUAUUGAUUAAUGCACUCUUACCAAUUUUUGUCAAACUUUGUUUCCAUUAUGACUUGUCUUGGUGUUUUUGUCGUAAUAGAAGAAAAGGACAAAAAAGUUAUGUGAUAAUUACAAUUGCCUCGUGAUAACCCAUGUCACCAGUCAAAUAA